AUGUUUGGCUAUGGUACCAAUCAACUGGAACAAGACCAUACUAACAAUGGAAUGGCCAGCAGCAAUCACAGUACUAAUUGUGUUAAUACCUCAGAUGAGGAGGACUUUUGCUCUGAUGAGGAAUCUAGCUUGGAUAGCAUGGAGACAACAAAAUCUGCACCAGGAAAGCUGAGACUAGACAAACUUCAAAUCCUCCAAGAUGGUCUAAAUGAUUGGAAGGAAGCUGACACAAACAAAAGGGCCUCACUGAUGGAGGGCAUGUGGAACAAAAUCAAAUGGCUAGAUACUAACAAGAGCCUCAAACAAAAUGAAUGGAAUAGAAAAUGGACAGCCAUCAAGCACUGGAUGUAUAACAACAGUUGGUCCUGUGCAUGGAAGGCCCUGGUCAAGUAUGGCUCCAAAUGGAUGGCCCUAAAGGUGAUCAAGCUGCAGUGUAAGAAGGAUAUCCAGCAAGUACUUGUGAAGGCCAGAAUACAUCCUGGGAUGUCAGCUAUGAUCAAACAUUAUCAGCCAGCCAUUCAGAAGGUAGUCCAGUCAUUGACCAAGGCUGAAUUGGACCAGGCAGCCCAUUUGGCAAAAGAGGCAGCAACAAGUAAGGGCCAGAAGUAUGCAAAACAGUUUGCAUAUGACAUGUGGAAGCAGUGUGGGAUGAGAGUGGUGAUCAUGUCAGCUUGGAAGGAUAAGGAAGGUGAAGUGAUGGUUGGAGUGAAUGACUUCAAUGAUGAGCUGGGUGAUGGAGAGCUCUAUUUGGAUUGGGAAGACCUUCAUGGAAAGUGGUCAGCCUAUGCAAAGAAGGCCUUUGGGGCCAAUGGUACAGAGGAUGGUAGCAGAGAGGAUGAGGCCAGUCAAACCACAGUAAAAGCACAGAAAGGAAAAAAGCAGUCUCAAUUCUCCCUGUCUACCAAUGAUGAUGGCACACCCAUUCUUCCAAAUCUCUUGGACUUACAGACACCAGAAUUAAAGGACAUCAUGAGGGCUUGGCUUGUGGGAAGACAAAUGCCAGUGUGGAGAUCUCAGGAUGGUUCCCUGGAGGAGCUGGUCACCAAACACCAACACUGGUCAGACAAAGCCAAAGGGAAGAGACCCUGGAUGGAAGUAAAUUCUCUUGAUGGCUCUGACUAUGGACAUCACUCAGAGGAGGAACCAGCUCCUCCCACAAAACCUUCCACCAAACAGCAACGGAUAGAUGACUGGCACAAUAUGGCUACUGCAUACCCCAAGCCAGCUGACAAUCAUGCCAAUGAUGGUGGCAAUUUAACUGCAAGGAAGCCCAAGCCCAAGCCAAGAAUCAGAUCCAAUGGAGUUGAUCCAGUGGGUAGGAAUUCAAAUGCCAGGCCUAGAUGCUGUGUGAUGGACAGGGAAGAUGGACUGUUGGAUCAAGCAGAAGAGGAUGGUGUGGCUCAUUGCCCAGAGCAGAAUCAUAGGCCCCCAUGGUGGCCAGAUGAUAAUUAUCCUACUCCAACCAUGAGGAGCCAAUUUGUGCACUUCUCCAAUUCCAUUCAACAUAAUCUGGUCUGGUUUAAGAUGGUAGCCUGCCUAUGCCUGCCAGCUCUUCCUCCAGAAGAUCUGCUAACUGUUGCCAGAAUCUGGAACUUCUGGACUUACACUCAGCUUGUGGAGUAUCAACUCCUGGCUGUAUGGCAAACUCCUGGGAGACUGCUAAAGCUCCAAAUGCAACAAUGGGAUUGGCACUGGCGAUGGGGAUCUAGCCAGUGUGGGGACUGGAAUGGUGGGGGCAACCCCAAAGGCAGCUUGUGCAAUGGCAUACCUGGGGCAACAGGUAGUGGUAAUUUGUCCCAUGCUGGCUCAAGUAAUGGGGUGCUGUCAGAGAGGUGUGUUGAUAUGGAGUCCCAAGGAGGCUCAACCAAUGGGCUGCUAGAGGAGGGAGAUGGUGCCAAUGACUCCCAUGCUGGUGCUAUCAAAGGUGAUCUGGGUGAACCAGAGGACUGGAAGGAGGGUGGCUCGCAUAAUGGGGAUGAUGAGUUUAUCUGGACUGCUGGAACUGAAUCUAACAUUUCUGGGAGCCAUAUGAAAGUUCAAAAUGUUCAUCACUGGAAUGGUCAAGGAGGCUGCCAGGGUUACAAUGCAGGCACUGAGAGGACUUCAGGGCCAGGGACACUAAGCACUGGGGCAAAUGCAGCUCAGCUUGUGGGGGCCCAGCUGGGAAUGGUCCACACAGUUGUUGAACAUCUACCCCUGGCAUUCAAGAUCCCUCCACAUCUUAUUGCUAUCAAUAUGCACAUGCCUAAGUCUCACCCAUAUUACAAGGUCAUGGAGGAGCUUACCAGGCCUUCAUCAAGGGCCAAGCACCAGGCACAGCUGGUGGAUAAGGGGAAGGGGAAAGAGUUGGGUAUGGAUGAGGCUCAAAGGAUUUGGCUUCUGGACACUAUGGCUAGGACCACUGGAGUUGUGAUGCAGAAGCUGGGAAAUGAGGAGGAUCAGAACAGGGAGAAGGCACAGGGCUGUAGCCAGUCAAGAUGUGGCCAGCCAGUGGCCAAGCCUGUCGAUGCCAGUGAUCAGACCAGUAGAGGCUGGAGCCAGUCAAGGAGACCAAUGAAGAAGGCAAAACCAGCAGUCAACAAGGAUGUGCAGGACCAUCCAUCCAAAGUAACAAGCUGUCAUUCAUCUCCUGGCCCAUGGACUGGCUGCCCCAUGGAAAUUAUUACUCUGUCAUGGCUAUCCCAGUCAUGGUCUCAUGCAAGAAGUGUUGCAACAGACCCACCCAUCACUCCAGCACCAACUACUACAACUGGUGCUGAUGAUCCAUGCCAUUGUGACAAGUAUCAGGAAGAGGUUACCAUCAUCAAGCAGGAGAAUUCUGACAUGAGGCAGGAGAUAGAAAUGCUAUCUGUAAUCACCUAUUCCCAGCCCCAGAUGUGCUUAACCAUCCUCUGGUCCCAUUUCACACUACUUCCAACCCUACACUGGUACCUCACAUGCCAGUCCAUGGUGGAACUUGGCACUGCAACCAGUGUUGUAGAGGUUCAAUCAUCCCAAAGUGGCUCAAGACAGGAGUCCACUGAACCCCCUCCCCAGCUUCAUUUGAGGGAGGUGCUGGCUUGGAAGUACCUCCUUCAAAUGUCAAAGCUGUGCAUGGACCUGCUGGAGGUCUGGCAAUCUCUAUUACUCCACCACCACCAGCAGUCAGAUCAGUGCCUGGACAGGAAGUCUUCUGGUCAUCACCAGAGCCACCAUUGUGGUAAUACAUGCAUCUCUGGCAUGGUACUGGUACCAGUACAUACACACACUGUGGACCUGCUCCCAGGAGGUCAGGCAGGUCAGGCAUGGCAUGGUAUAAUUUCUGGGCAGGCCUCCAUGGCAUUGGCACUGGGAUGGCAUUCAUGGCAUUGGUUCCAGGACAGCUUGACUGAUGGCCUCAUGGCAUUGGGGAUGUGCCAGAACUCAUUACAAUGGUGCUGUGACAGCCUGCAUGAUGGCCUCAUGGCAUUGGGGAUGUGCUGGAACAUAUGGCAUAGAUGCUGGGACCACUUCCAUGGAAUUGGUGUUGUGCUGGAACACAUUACAAUGGUGCCAGGAUGGCUUGCAUGA